AUGUCGCAAGGGCUCCCGGCCGCCGGCAGCGUCCUGCAGAGGAGCUUCGCGGCUCCCGGGAACCAGGCGCAGCCGCAGAAAGGGCAGGGAAGCCCUGAGGAUGAUGACAGGAAGGUCCGAAGGAGGGAAAAAAACCGAGUUGCUGCUCAGAGAAGCCGGAAGAAGCAGACCCAGAAGGCUGACAAACUCCACGAGGAAUAUGAGUGCCUGGAGCAAGAAAACACAGUGCUGCGGAGAGAGAUCGGGAAGCUGACAGAGGAGCUGAAGCACCUGAGCGAGGUGCUGAAAGAGCACGAGAAGAUGUGCCCGCUGCUGCUCUGCCCCGUGAACUUUGUGCCGGUGCCGCGGCUGGACCCCGUGGCUGGCUGCCUGCCCCGGUGA